CAAAGUAGAAGCUUUGAAAAUGAGUGGAAGAGGAAAGGGUGGAAAAGGUCUCGGAAAGGGGGGCGCCAAGCGUCAUCGCAAGGUUCUCCGCGAUAACAUCCAGGGCAUUACAAAGCCCGCUAUCCGCCGUCUGGCUCGCCGUGGUGGUGUCAAGCGUAUUUCUGGUUUGAUCUACGAGGAGACGCGAGGCGUGCUGAAGGUUUUCCUGGAGAACGUGAUCCGUGAUGCCGUCACCUACACCGAGCACGCAAAGAGGAAGACCGUGACCGCCAUGGACGUGGUCUACGCUCUCAAGAGGCAGGGCCGCACCCUGUAUGGUUUCGGAAGUUAAAUUAGCGAAGUCCAACAACCAAAGGCUCUUUUAAGAGCCACACACAUCGUUUAAAAGCAUGUUUCCUGGUUUGUUUUCAUCAGAAUGUUAUCACAUGCAUUAACAAUGAAUGACGUCGACUCACGGAUUCUUAACAAUCCAAUAGAUUAAUCUUGUAGGUCCCAUAUUUUUUGAUUUGUUUAUUUUGUGGUCUAAGUCAGUAAAUGAACCCAUGCCAAACGAUACUCUACAUAAUAUACGCUGGAAAACUGUACUGUAUAUUAAGUUAUUACCGCAACAUGACGUUCGCCUCUGAAACGUAUAAAGAAAUAGAAAACGGUGCGGAAAGACAGGAAAGUGUCACCUAAGUCGAAAAAUACAGACGUACUGGUAUCAUUAAGGAACAAGGUUGAUUUUCUCUAUUGUGAGUUUAAUAAUCUGUCGUAUCCUGUCCUAAGGUUCUUUAAUGUUAUAUACUAAUUAAUACUAAUACGAAUUUAAUAUUUUACUAAUACAAUUAGAAAAUUACAAGAAACAACAGUAUUGGAAGAUUCAUUCUCAUGCAUAGAAUAUGUUCUUUUCUUCUUUAUGUCCGUUUUUUUGGCGGGUUGCAA